AUGGCGUCAUCUUCAGAACAGAAUAGAGUCAUUCAUUCUGGACCAGAGGAUCCUUCAUUAUUGCACUUACAAAAUAUUCACGUGUCUGAACAUAUAUGGAAUGAUCGAGAUCAUCCUAUUUUGAAAGUUAGGAAGAGCCAAUUUAUUCCAAUUGGUUUGGAUGGUGUUUCAGAGGAGAUCUUUCCACAUUUAGAGCUUGCAGGAUUUAUAUGUCAGUUCCCAUUAGACCUCCCGUUGAUCACUGCAUUAGUAGAAAGAUGGAGGCCAGAGAUACACACUUUUCACUUACCUUCAGGCGAGUGUACACUUACUUUGCAGGAUAUAUUAGUAUUGUUAGGCUUAUGCAUUGAUGGAAGACCUGUGAUAACUCCUAUUGGAGGUAAUUAUGCUGAUAUUGUUUCCCUUAUUCUUUCAAUGUGCUAG